AUACCCACACUCUCAUUCUCACUCUCUCUCUCUUCGCAACAAAGAGGAGAGAGAUGGCAGUCACCACCAUUAGAUCUUUCACUCUCCAAUCACCGAACAACCACCAUCGCUGCCGUCACAGCAAUAGCCGCCACCUCACCACUCCCCUCAAUCUCAAAAUUGUCACCCAUACCCACAAAACCCAUCUCUCAUUUACCCUUAAUAAGCUCCACAACCGUCUUCCUCCACUAACCCGAUCAUAUUCCGGUGGGAAUGGCGACGAUGGUGUUGGAGGUGGAGGUGGAGGUGGAGGGGGAGGAGGAGGAGAAGAUGGCGAUGAUGAUGCAGGAGAGAAAAAUAAAGCCGAGGCAUUUCUUGCAUUAGCUGAGGCUGGGAGAUCUUUGGAAAGUAUCCCGAAAGACAUUGCGGCAUCGAUCGAUGCGGGAAAGAUACCUGGAUCGAUAGUGAAAAGGUAUUUGGAAUUGGAGAAGUCGGCUGUGUUUCGUUGGUUGCUUCAAUUUGGUGGGUUUAAGGAAAGAUUGCUUGCUGAUGAUCUUUUCUUGACUAAAGUUGGAAUAGAAUGUGGUGUUGGCAUCUUCACUAAGAGUGCUGCAGAAUUGGAAAAGCGAAGGGAAAACUUUACCAAGGAGCUGGAUUUUGUUUUUGCUGAUGUGAUAAUGGCUAUAAUUGCCGAUUUCAUGCUUGUGUGGCUUCCUGCUCCUACUGUUUCUCUUAGAUCACCAAUUGCAAUCAAUGCUGGACGAGUUGCCAAGUUCUUCUCUGGAUGCCCUGAUAAUGCAUUUCAGGUUGCUCUGGCUGGUACAUCCUAUUCAUUCUUGCAGAGAAUUGGUGCCAUAGUGCGUAAUGGGGCCAAGCUGUUUGCUGUUGGGACUGGUGCAUCUCUUGUUGGGACAGGUAUAACAAAUGGGCUGAUUAAUGCAAGGAAGGCCAUUGACAAAUCUUUUGCUGUUGAAGCCGAGGAGGACAUUCCCAUUUUGUCAACUAGUGUCGCUUAUGGUGUCUAUAUGGCAGUUUCUAGCAACCUUAGGUACCAAGUACUGGCAGGGGUGAUUGAACAGCGAAUGUUAGAACCACUUCUACACCAACAUAAGCUCAUCUUGAGUGCAGUCUGCUUUGCAGUCCGAACAGGCAACACGUUUCUAGGAUCGUUAAUGUGGGUCGAUUAUGCACGUUGGGUUGGAAUUCAAAAGAUCCGAGAAUGAUCCGAGGAUAAUGUUGUUUUUGCUCUUCUGCUUGUUACAUGGGAAAAUAACCGAUGGUUUGUCGUUUUGUUUGCCUUUCUACAUUUGGUGAUAAAUGUACAUUUGUUUGUAGAGUUCAUGAUUUACCUUUUGGUCUCAAGUUCCUCCCUACUUUUCGUU